UUCCGUUUCCUUUCAGAUCCAGACUGGGCGUCCCAUAGCCUGGGAAUCUUCGUCUGUUUAAAUUGUUCGGGGAUCCAUCGCAAUAUUCCACAAGUCAGCAAAGUGAAGUCAGUCCGUUUAGAUGACUGGGAUGAUGCUCAAGUGGAGUUUAUGGCUUCGAAUGGGAACAAUGUAGCAAAAGCAAAAUAUGAAUCUAAGAUGCCACCGUUUUAUUACAAGCCAACAUUUCUCGACUGUCAACUGCUGCGGGAACAGUGGAUCAGAGCCAAAUAUGAAAGAAAAGAAUUCAUUCACAGUGAGAAGCAAGAACCCUAUUCUGCAGGGUACCGAGAAGGAUUUCUGUGGAAGAGAGGACGUGACAACGGACAAUUCUUGAGCCGAAAAUUCGUGUUAUCAGAGAGGGAAGGUGCACUGAAGUACUUCAACAAAAAUGACGCAAAAGAACCCAAAGCAAUUAUGAAGAUUGAACAUUUAAAUGCGACUUUCCAGCCUGCAAAAAUAGGGAACCCGCAUGGACUACAGAUCACUUACUUGAAGGACAAUAGCACAAGGAACAUCUUUGUCUAUCAUGAAGAUGGCAAGGAAAUUGUGGAUUGGUUCAAUGCCAUUCGGGCAGCGCGUUUUCAUUACUUACAAGUGGCGUUCCCUGGAGCCAGUGAUGCUGAUCUGGUGCCAAAGCUUUCCAGAAACUACCUGAAGGAGGGGUACAUGGAGAAGACGGGGCCAAAGCAAACAGAAGGAUUCAAGAAGCGAUGGUUCACCAUGGACGACCGGAGGCUCAUGUACUUCAAAGAUCCCCUGGAUGCCUUCGCUAGGGGGGAAGUGUUUAUCGGGAGCAAGGAGAACAGCUACAAGGUCCUGGAAGGGCUCCCACCAUCCACGCAGGGGAAUCACUGGCAGCACGGGAUAACCAUCGUCACCCCGGACAGGAAAUUCCUCUUCGCCUGUGAGACGGAGGAAGACCAGCUGGAAUGGAUUACAACCUUUCAGAAAGUUAUAAGCAGGCCGAUGCUGCCUCAGGAAUAUGCAGUGGAAGCCCACUUCAAGCAUAAACCUUAGUUGGGACUGGGCAGACCUGAGGAAUGAGCUUCUGUUUACAACACAACGUGGUUUUAUUUGAAAUGCUAAAAAUAAUUAAUAAUAAUAAUAACAACAAUAAUAAUACUUCCCUUUCCCCUCGUCAUUGACUUGAUCAUGUUGGAAGGACAAGAAGGACAGCUGCGAAAUGUCAGAGAAGAUGCUGGUCGAUAACAAAAGUCAUUUCUCUGGCUGUGCUGUGUUUCCAGCAGUGCCCAGGCUCCUCCACAGGCCUCAUUUCCAUGUGCAGCCGUUUUGUGUAUCCCUCCGCAGUAGGUAAUUCCCGCAGAGACCGCACGUGCUGCCAGGGUUGGCAGCUCUCGGUGACGUGCCACCAGACUGGCCCGCGGGCCUAUGCUACCUGCAGUAACACAGACAGUCCCAAGCGCAGUGCGAAACGAGUUUUAGACCACACUUCCCAGGACGAUGGAGACUGUGUCAGUGGCCCGUCUCAGGCACAGCGCUUUCUCUGGAAACCUGCUCCUUGACUGGUGCAAAACUAAAAGGGUUAACUGUUUGGAGGAAAGGAGAACAUGCCUUUUUCUUCUCUCCUGUCUGAACACCCUUUCUGAAGCAUUUCAGCAGCUGAUUGGUUGGAUGGUGAGUGGGGUUUAGAAACCUGCUUUUUCUCCUCUGCAAUCUUUUGUUAAUGUAGAUUAGGGAUGGAUAUAAUCUGGUUCAGCUUUUGGAUCUGAACUUUCCAGAGCUCUCAGCUGCCUGGGCUGCUGGCAGGGGGAAGAGGCAGCACUGACCUGGACUUGGACCUCCUCGGACGCUCUGACUCUUCCUUUAGGUUAGGCUGGUUCAGUCCAUGCGGUAGCUGCUCUCAGGUGAGCUGACGUCUGUGGUUUGGCCAGGCUUUCGCUGGCGAUCCCACAGUCCCAGCUCUCCACUAGUGUUUUCUCAUGGGAAUUGCUGAGACUGUGACAUCCUAAUGGGAUACAGAGCAUGAACCUAAAACCACAAAGGAAAUAAAUGUCAUCUUCAAAUGUAGGGAACAACAGCUGUAAACCAGAGGGGGAGUUUGCAGGUGACUGAGAUGUGUCAGAAGGCAGCGUUUUGUGGUCUGCUGGCCCACGUGGUUCAGACCCCUCAAAAAGCAAGGAAGUGUAGCAUCUUAGAGCAGCUUCAAACAAGGAUCCUGAGAGGAAGUUUGCCUCCAUGUCCUCCUUGUGGACAAUAUUUUCUGUGCAGUGCCCCAGCCACUUAUAUCUUUUUGUCCAAGUUGAUGGCAAAGUGAUGUGUUCUUCUGCCUUUGCAAAAUGGGCAAAGGGAAAUGGUCUUAACAGCCUAGCGUUCUCAUGGCAUUUCUUUAGACAUAGACGGGUUGAACUGAGCGAGGUGCUAGCUAAGAAGCAACGGGCUGUACAUGUGAGCGGUCCCAGCCAGGUGUCUUUACAGUUUGCCAUAGGAGCACAUGGACUCGAAGAACUUUGCACGUGCACCUCGUAGGAAGCUCAGACAAAAAUGGAAUAGUUUGGCUUACAUGGUCUCAUGAUGUGUAAAUGUUGCUAAAUGACUGAUGCUCCAGAUGUUAUAGAGGUAAAUUAUAAAUAAAUUACUUUUUAAUGUAGGUGAACGUCACACCACGUAAGUGAUGGUAAUGUUAUAUAUAGGCUAGUUUCAAACAGGAUUUGAUUUAAAAAUAGCAGAAAUUUGUGUCGUUGGCCUCACUAUCUGCUUACCAAAGUGCACAUCCAAGAAGUGCCCAUUACCAACAGAGAAGCGUUACCUCUGACGAAUCCCGGACUCCGCUCAGCAGAUUCAUCUGGCUGGCACGUAGAGGGAGAGGCAGGCCUGUCUGGGUGAGCAGGACAACGUACAGAGCUUGUCCGCUAUCCCCUGCCCCAAGAGGGAACGGGAAUAUUCAGCACUUGCCUGGAAGUGAGCCACAAGCUUAACAAA